CUUGGACAUAGUUUCUUUUUGCAGAUAAAAUGUUCACUGUUUGUUAUAAUAAAAGAAUCGAGACUCAGUAGCGCUUACUUUGAAGGUUUCUUCAUGCGUGGUUGUAGGCAUGGAUUCUGAGCAGGAGAUUAAGCUAUUCGGGAAGUGGAGUGCCGAUGAUGUGUAUGUCAACGAUCUCAGUUUAACUGAUUUCAUAAACAUCAAACGGAAAAACAACCCCAUAGUCCCUCAUACCGCCGGCCGCUACCAGAUCAAGAGGUUUAGAAAAGCACAAUGUCCUCUGGUAGAACGUAUGUGCUGUUCUCUAAUGAUGCAUGGGCGUAAUAAUGGCAAGAAAGUGAAGGCCAUGAACAUUCUCAAGCAUACUUUCGAGAUCAUUCAUCUGCUGUCUGGUGAGAAUCCUCUCAACGUUCUUGUCAGUGCAGUGCUAAACAGUGGGGCACGAGAAGAUUCAACACGUAUCGGUCGUGGUGGCACUGUAAGACGUCAGGCUGUGGAUGUUUCACCUCUGCGUCGAGUUAACCAGGCAAUAUAUUUGUUGUGUACUGGAGCUAGAGAGGCAGCUUUCAGGAACGUGAAGACUAUUUCUGAAUGUCUAGCUGACGAGCUAUUAAACGCAGCCAAAGGGAGCUCAAAUUCCUACGCCAUCAAGAAGAAGGAUGAAUUAGAACGCGUUGCAAAGUCAAAUCGGUAGUGGGUUUCUCAAUAAAGUUUUCGGAUACGUAUGA